UAAUCAGACAGCGGUAUUUAGUAUGAGAACCUUUACUAAUGAGGCCUGCGUAGUUAACACAACGAGAAAAGAGAAUCGGAGGGAGAGAGAGAGUGUGUGUGUGUGUGUGUGUGUGUGUGUGUGUGUGUGUGUGUGUGUGAGAGAGAGGGGAUGGAGGGAGGGAGGAGUGAACGACAGACGGGAAAUGAAUCGCAAGCUGCAGGAGAAUAGGUUGUCAGCAUCCAGAGCUCCAAGGUCUGACUCUCAUUAAAGCGUCUGUGUGUCUCUCUCACCUCCAGGAUGGAGGGGCUGCUGCGGCUGAGUCUACCCGGAGCUUGAGGAGCCUUCCUGGGCUUCGUCUGCGUCAUCUUCCCCCUGUCUCUCUCUGCCCUGGUCCCCCUAUACUCAUCCAUCACUCGACCUCUGCAGUACAAGAGAGCAUCUGGACCCACACGACACCUCCCCCUAAUCCCCCACACUGAGUUGCCAGGGCAACCAUGGACGGACUACACCUGCCACCGGUCAUCGAGGAGGUCAUGGACCCUGCAGAUGCCAUAUGUGACCUGAAGGUGGAGAGUCCUGGCAUUGUGGACAUGCUGACGGCCAAAGAGAGGGAGACCCUGGAGGAGAACGAUGAGAAGGAGGAGAAAGAGAAGGAGGUGGAGGUGGGGAACGGAGAGAAGGGCCAGCAGGAGGACCAGGGAGAGGAGAAGGAAGUGAAAGUGGAGGAGGAGGAGGUGGAAGGAGGAAUGUUAGAGGAGGAUGACUUGGAGGAGUUGAAGUCCCAGGUGUUGCAGCUGGUGUUGGAGCUGGAGGAGGCCAGGGAGGUGUCUCAACAACAUGAAGAGAGCUUCAUGGAGAUCCAGGGUCUGUUGGAAGAUGAGCGUCUGGCUAGUGCUCACCAGGCAGAGAGCUUUACCAGACAGAUCCAGAGACUGCAAGCUCAGCUGCGUUCAGUCCAGGAGGAGAUGGACUCUCUGGAGGAGGAGAAGGAGAGUGAGCUGGGGGAGGUGCAGGAGGAGCUGAGGUCUGCCCAGGAGGAGGUGCUGGUUCUGCAGCAGGCGGGGGAGGAGGCAGCAGCGGAGAGGGAGAACGACAUCGCCUCCCUGCAGGAGGAGCUGUGUCGUCUGAGGGCCGAGCUGCAGCGUCUCCGUACCACGGCCCAAGAGUACGAGCUGGAGAUCACCACCCUGCGGGCUGAAAUCAGUAUGAAGAGCAUGAGGAGGGAGGGAGAGACUGACGGUGAGGUAAGCCAGCUGACGGCGGAGUGUCAUGCGAUUUCAGACGAGUGUCAGACCCUGAAGGACGAAAACAAACAGCUGAGCCACGAACUGCAGCAGCUACAGCAGCAGCGAGCCGGCUCCAAUGAUUUCUAUCUGGCCUUGAGAGGGGAGGGGGACGAAGACCAGAAGGAUGAGGGUGUUGGGCAGGAUGAGGAAUCAGUGAAAGCUGGAGGCUAUAUGACCCUGUCCCAGACCCAGGGUGGGCAGACCCAGACUGGUCAAGGUGGGCGCUUGGUGGAUGCCUCCAUCCAGAAGAAUAUCUCGUUUGAUGGCAAGCCCAUCACCAAUUGGAACGGGGGACCCUCUGAAGUCUUCUCCCUACGAGACCAGCUCAAACUGACUGAGGAGAGGUCCUCGCAAGUACAGAGACAAUGUGAAGGGUUGAAGGGGGAGCUUGCGGAACUUCAGGGGCUGUUUGACUGCAGCCAGAAGGAGAGGGCGGAGCUGGAGCAGGAACUGCAUCACUGCAGGUUGGAGCUAGAGAGGCUGGGCGGCAGGAAGUCACAGAACUGCACUCCUCCGUCUGAGCCCCCUGUUCUCUCCAUCUCCUUCAUAGGAAUGAUUGUAAUAAUGGCCCUGGUAUGGUGCUGGUGGGAGGAGCUGGCAUCCUAGAGGGGACCAGGAGAGCGAGGGAGGCUGGAACCUGGUGGCGGUGGUUGCCGUGGCAGCGCUUGUAGUCCUGAUAGUCCCCAGCCUUUCCAGAGCGUUUACCUGAGGACUACACAGAACGGAAGUCACUAUACAGGAAAUGACUGUGCUGGUUUCCCCUGGCAACAUGGGCAAUGCCAUGCCCCUAUCUCAUGAUGCCCUUGUCAAGUCUCCUCCUCGCUUCAUCUUCCAAGGAGGACUGCAUUGACAACUGACAUUUUCACCAGGAAAUACAACCCAACAAGGAAGUAGUCUCAAGGAGAAAUACAUAUACCUGUUUAAGCCACUCUAAAGAUAAGGAUGGCAAUAUCUUGUUUCUCUCUUUAAAGUCCUUCAGUUUGACUCAAUCGGUUUCCCUAUAACAGGGACUGCCUCAGAGUUUGUGGCAGUACGGUGUCUGCAUGGGCGUCAAUGGAAAUACACAAUUUAGCACAGAACAUGUCUGCUCAUUUAUUGAUUGAUCGGUUGAUGGUUUAUUAUUUGAUUGGUUGAUGGUUGAUUGGUUUAUUGACAACCUGUAAAGGUUGAAUUGGGAAAAGCUCAUGCACAUAUUGAGUCACUGAUGAGAUGUUUCUCUUUCCAAUGGGCAUGUGAUCUUUCCCCAGAACCUACCCCUCCUUUUGAAUCCCUUUGAACAUUGCCACUGCAAUUGUCUCUGCUACACCUGCAACACUUUUCCUUCUGUUUAUGUUGUGUUAUGCUCUUUUUACGUUUAAAUGAAGAUGUGUGGAGGAGGGUUUGAUUGUAUGAGUUUGUUGUAUUGGAUGUUUGUCUCCUUUGUAAAUGGUUCUCUCUCUCUCUCUCUCUCUCUCUCUCUCUACAAUUGGUUAUAUUUUGUAUGUGAAUGGAACCACGACCACUAUACACAUCUAUACAGACAAACAAUACUAUCAUAAAUGCAACUUGGUGUGUUCAAUUUGACAGUCCAAAUGAUUUCCAGCUAGAUGUCUAUUUUUGUAGCCAUAGGAAUAAUCUAUCCCCAAGACUGAGGAGUUAUUUAAUGACUGAUUCCACUGUGUUUGAUUCUGCUUAGAAACAGAACUUAACAAGGCUCGUUAUUUGAAACAGAGAGUUAUUUUUGUAAAUAGACAUUGUGUUUAACUGUUUUGCAUUAUUUUUUAUAUUAUAAUCGUGACAAGCGUUCUGAAAAAUUACAAACAAUCAACAUAGGUCACCAAAAUGAAAAGUGGAGCCAGUGAUGAAAUAUGGACCAUUGUUUUCUAGGAUGUGCAUUUUGGGGUUUCUCUUACCGAGUCUUUUCGUCUUGUACUGUUUGCGUUCUACUCUCUGAUAUCUAUAUUCUCUAACGAUGAUUCCCUUUUCUUUGUUGGCACGAAGCACACAGUUUCUACACAGGUUCUACAACUGCAACUUGCCUGCAAUGCAUGGGACCUUUUCAGUGUCGUUGCUGUAAGCUUGACACAACACAUUCCAAUGAUAGAUUGACUUAACAACAACCGCGAUGUGACACUGUUGUCAUGGAGAAGACGUCUAACCUUUACGGAGUGCACCGAGAAUACUUUUUGGUUCUUACUCUACCUUUUGGCAUGACUUAGCUACCGUGGAAAUACAUAGCAACAAAAAAUCAUUUCAACUCCUUUAUGUUAACGGUGGAACAAAAUGUCAGAAAUGCGCUUUGCGUUGAGUGAGAACGGUGGUGUUAUUUUAGAGCUGUCGGAGUUAAAUGGUCUUUGUCCGAGAACACACCACGACUAUGACUGAGAGAGCAAUCUGACAUAGGUGUUUUCUUUUCAAGAGGAUCGUUUGUGAGAAACGUGUACAGAAUGCAGUUAGCGUUAUAGCUGGUGCCUGGAUUUGUAGUGUGCUGUCAUGACUGACAGUUAGUUAGCUUGUUUCAUAGAUGUAUGUAGGCGAGCUAAUCAGCUAACAUUCUGUGGGUGUGUAGGUGACAAGACACUGAAAGCGUGCUUAGCCAAUAUUCCUCUGUAUUCCUAUUGUAGAGUAAUAGCAUUAUAAAUAUGUAUAGGUAAUUAGUGCUUCUAAUUUAUGCUAAGAAUCAAUUCAUUACGACUAUUAAGUAUAUGCUAUUAGUUUCAAUACGUGAUUCAUAAUCAUAAACGUAUGAUAGGCAAUUAGACACUGAGGUGACCUGAAAAACAUGAAUGCUUAUAGGCUAUGUAUAGAAUAUUUUUUUCUACAGUGCAGAGACAAUAUAAGAACUCAUUGGUAGGUAAAUGCAUGCUACAGUGUAUGUAAAAACAAUAUCUGUAGUUGUGGACCAACAUGUGGUAUUUGUAUUUUAUUGUAAAUAGGAAAUAGUUUAGCACAGUUACAUAACAUGGUUUGUUGAUUUGAGAGCAGUUCUAGAUUGAGUAGAGGGUUCUUUUUGAAUUGGCUGAACACAGCCAGUGCAUGAAUAGUGUAUAUGUGUAUGAGACCGUAACAUGUUUAGAUAUUGCAUGUCCGACUUAACUUGCAUGCCUAUUGAUGGAUAGAUCUAGUUCCUGUAGUCACAGUAAUUUCAGCCAAUCCAUUAUGACCUUAUUAAUGCAUGACUAAUCAGAAUCAUUUGUGAUUUUUUUCUCUCUCACUAUGUCAGUCUCUCUUAGUUGAUUUACUACUUUACUGGGUUGUCACUAUUAAUAUUUUCACUUUGGUUUCAUACAGUCUAUUCUAUUCUAUUGUACUCUACUUUAUUCUACUUUUCUUCUUCAAUUGUCUGGUCUCUACAGUGUGUAUAGAUUUAUGUGGUAUUUAUCUUCUCUGUUGUGCUUCAAAUACUGUAAAUUCCACUGACUGUGUAUUUUCUAUUCCAGCAUGGAAGCUUAAACAAUAAGGGAGAGACACAUUACGGAAACUAUUCUACAUGUCAAAACAACCUGUGCUCUUAACUAGAAACUGGCUGCUGCUCACUGUAUGUGAUGAUGUGAAGUUUGACCUUUGAACUUAUGUAAAGCUGCUGCUCAUUCUGUAUGUCUCUCUGUCUGGUUCUGUGUGACAUGGCUACUGUCAAUGUCUGUUUUAUGCGGUGCUGAAUCUGAUUUAGCCAUAGCUUCUACUACAACACCUUGCCAGUCAAUGUCUCUAUGAGCUUUUAUGGGUUAAUGAGAAUAUUGUGAGUAUUUUGGUAAAUAGGCUGUACAUUUUGUAAAUGAACUGAGAAAUAAAAGUAGUUUAUCCUUA